CGUUCUCCUUUACCAGGCCAGUCAGUGCGGCAGGCGGACCGCAGGGAGAGGGAAAGAUUUUUGGAAGGACAGUUAGAAAAGUUAAAAAAGAGGAAAAAUCAUGACACGAGACAGCGAUCUCGUCGACCGUUCUUUCGCCAUUGAAUGAAACAUCCCUCACCAUGGUUAUCGCGUCACCUGUUAUUUAUCGAUUAUUAUAAUCCACAGAACUUGAAGAUAUAAUGCCGGGGAAACGGAUGAAAACUACUGCAGUCGCCUGGAAUUUCGUGUUUGGAUAUUGAAUCCAACGCUCGGAGAUGCAGCUGGGAUUGUUUUCCAUACGUACAGUUAUUAUAGGAACGUAUUGCGAACGAAGAGUCAGGAUUCUAUAGUUCAAUUCUAUCCGUUAUAUUUCACGUCAUAUUUGGCGCAUUGGAUCUGACCAUGGGAAUGUCAUCCACUGGCGUGGUCUCGUAAUCUGGGACGUGGGACGUGAUGCAGCCACGCGUGGAUGUCAAGAUGGGUGAUGCCGCAGAGAUCAAGGAGAGCAAGAGGACGUUCAUCGUGCCUGCGAUCAAAUCUUUCGAUCACUAUGAUUUCACAAGGGCCAAGAUAUCGUGCAGUUUGACAUGGCUCAUUGCCAAAGCCUUUGGGUCGGACUGUGUACCUGCGGAGUUGGAGGAUCCAUUUUACCGGGACCAGUAUGACCAAGAGCAUGUGAAGCCGCCUGUUGUAUCACUGCUCCUGUCUGCAGAGCUGUACUGUCGUGCAGGGAGUCUGAUCCUCAGGAGCGAUACAGCUAAACCUCUGCUGGGUCAUAACGCUGUCAUCCAGGCCUUAGCUCAGAAAGGCCUGUACGUCACUGACCAGGAGAGACUAGUGACCGAAAGAGACCUCUGCAAGACCCCCAUACAGAUGAGUUCUCACCUGGCCAUGAUUGACACUUUAAUGAUGGCGUACACAGUUGAAAUGGUGAGCGUGGAGAGAGUUCUGACCUGCAUACAGAAGUUUACACCUUUCAUUCCCGAGGAAGACUUUCCUUAUGAUUCUGAAGAGGCGAUAAUAACAUGGAUCAAUAAGGUAAAUGAACAUCUUCAACACCUUUUGACAGAUACAAAAGAAACCUGCACAGCUCAGAAGGGGCGGCUCAAGAGAGAGGACUCUAAAACUCGACCGGCUCUUUGUCUCCCCCUGGUGGACAAUCUACUGAAAGACAAUACAGACGGUUGUGCGCUGGCUGUACUUCUGCACUAUUACUGCCCUGAUGCAGUGCCACGGAAAGACAUCUGUGUGAAAGAAACGAUGUCAUUGGCUGACAGUCUGUACAAUCUUCAGCUGAUCCAAGAGUUCUGCAGAGAAAACCUGAACAACUGCUGUCAUUUCACCCUGGAGGAUAUGCUGUAUGCCUCCAACAGCAUCAAGAGUAACUACCUUGUGUUUAUGGCAGAACUGUUCUGGUGGUGUGAAGUUGUCAAACCGUCUUUUGUUCAGCCACGUACUGUAAAUACCAAAGUUUUGGACCCAUCACAGACCAAUGACAUGGCUCCCAUAACCAAACAGAACCUGAUUCACAGACCCGACAGUCCAGAUGAGACCAGGUCACAACCUAAAACUGACAGCUCAGCUGUUAUCAGGCGGCCAUCCUCCAUGUCGUAUGUAGACGGGUGUGUGGGGACAUGGCCAAAAGAGAAGCGGUCUUCAGCUCAUGGGAUUUCGUUUGAGAUUCCACUCGACGACAACGCAAGUCCAUCGUCGGGUCGUGGACUGAGCCGAUCGGCGAGCACUGAAGGUUUGAGUUUUAAAGUUCACCACGCUGCUCGAGGCCUGCGGAGGAACCUGUCAUUCCAGCCUGUCAAUGGAAACGCACAUGGUAACAUACGCGAAGAAGAUGAUGAGGAGGCCAGCAGACACCCUGCCAAACAGAGACUGGGAAACCACACUGGGUACUCAAACGGUGUGUUGGCAGAUGACCGCAGCCCUCCGUAUGACCAUUGUCCUCAACCCAGCACCCCUAGCAUAGAAGAAGCCCUGAAGAUCAUCCACGACUCCGAGCGACCCCACAGCAGCAUGCAACCCCCACCAGAUGAAAGCACAUUUUUCCUCCACGACCCAUCUUCCCCCAACCCCGCUGCUGACCCGAACCACUCUGAGGACUCUCUCUCCAAAGCCCGGCCGGAUGACGUGGACCUAAACUCCGCAUCUACCGACAUGGAUACAGGAAUCCACGUCCGGACGGAGGAUAUUCAAGACGGACAUGAUGAGGAUUCCUCUUUGAAGGAUUACUCGGAUAUGGACCAGGACUACGAGGCUCGUUCCUGUCCCCUUCCAGACACGGUGGGUAGUCCAUGCCCGACCCUUUUAGGAAUGCAGUCUUUGGCCACCAGUAUCGCCUCCUCGCUUGGUCCCGCAGUGCGUAUGACCAGUUUUGCCGAGCAAAAGUUUCGUAAGCGAUGCGAUGGGCGCAGCAGCGGUAGUGGUGGUAACACGCCCGAAGGUGCAGAGUUGAACGCAGGAGCCACAAGCUCGGUUACGCCCGUCGAUGCUUGCAGCCCUGCUCGGGUCACUUCGCCUCGUGACCCCUCCCACUUGCUGGCAUCGGAGAUGGUACAGCUAAAAAUGAAACUGGAGGAGAAACGCAGGGCCAUCGAAGCUCAGAAGAAGAAGGUUGAAGCUGCUUUUACACGUCACAGACAGCGAAUGGGCCAGACAGCGUUUCUCAACGUGGUCAGACGGAAAGGAGUUGUGUCACCACUAGUGAGUCACAACGAUGCUCCGGAUGAUCGAGAAAAUCAGACCGGUGACCCACAACCCCCAAAGACGCCUUCAAGUUCAAAUGAAUCUGAUUCUAGACUUGAAAGGUGUAGACCAGAUGGCGCACCUCCGAAAUCUCCUCUGGAGGAGAUGGGUGUGGAGGUGGACCUGACGGAGUACACGCGAUCCAUCGAGCGUCUGAACACGUCUCUCAACUUCCUGCAGACCGAGAUGCAGCGGUUGGCUCAGCAGCAGGAACGUAUCAUGCAGAUGAGUGAACAUCAAAGCUGGGUAAUCUCUCCACCAGAUCCGUCGGCACGGAAACAAUUUCGAGAGCUGCGCAGCAGCAGCGUGGUGGGACGGGGCUCAGUGGGGUCACUGUCGCCCAUCCUGUCAUCCACCGGCUCGCCACGUACUACGCACCGAUCACCUUCUGCCAUCAAAAGGAAGUCUGCGUCUUUCCACGCCAGGACACCACGAACACCACGUCCCAAUGAGCUGAAGGUCACCCCCUUUAGCCGCAUGCUCAACACCCAACAGUCGGUGGACAGCCUGCCUCGACUCAGACGCGUCUUGCCGAACCAGAUGCAAACCACCUCGUUUGCCUAUUUGGGACACGAUGAAGGUCCUUCAAGCGAGAAGCCACAGAAGCAAGAGUCCAAAGACGAGCAGGUGUCUGGACACGUGAACGAGAAGCAGGGUGAGGAAAAACAGGGAGAUGAUGAAAAUAAGAAGGUGAAACAUAAAGAUGAACUUAAGAAUGCGGCGACAUCUGAGGUAGUUUCUCAGCCUAUUACGGCGGUCUCGGCCACCGGGAACGCCAAUCAAGAAGAUUUAGGAAAGAAGGCUCUGAUUGAGGUUUCACUCUCAGAACUCAAGCCUUCGGAAGGACAUGACGUGGAGAACAGUAAAGAAACAGAAACUGGACUAGAGUCCAGACCAGACCAGAAGAUGUGCUGUGGUUUCUUCUACAGGGAUGACCAGAAGGGGGAGGAUGACAUUGCUCAGAAGAAAGCUGCUUUAUUGGAGAAAAGGCUGCGGAGGGAGAAAGAGAUGCAGCUCAAGAAACAACAACAACAGGAGGCUGAGAUAGAGCAGAAGAAAGGAGCAGCGCGACUAAAAACGGACGAGGAACAUCAGAAGAAGGAAGAUGAGAAGGAAAGGCGAGACUUUAUUAAAAAUGAGUAUAUGAGGAAGAAGCAGCUCAAACUGAUGAAUGACAUGGAUAGUGUUAUUAAGCCCCGCCCCCCGAGUGUCAAGCAAAAGAAGCCACGCCCCAAAUCUAUGCACAGGGACAUAAUGGAGUCUCCAAAAUUUCCAGCGCGGACUGCAACAGGGUCACGGCCACGCGGAUACUCUGUGUCCAGCUUGUCACUCGCCUCCCUUAACUUGGCAGACAAUGAGAGCAUCCAGUCAGAUAAGAGAACAUCCAGAGGCAGCAGACUGUCGCCUGGCAGUCUGUGUUUCUUUCUGAGCUCUCCUAAAGGGAGAAAAGGAAGGCCUGAUUCUGCAGAGGGCUGCUUGUCACCGUGUCCGUCGGUCAGUGGUAAUGGAGAGAACUGGGAGCUGGAGUCAACGACAUCAUCUGCAGCAUCCAACACAGAGUAUACAGGGCCAAAGUUGUAUAAGGAGCCCAGUGCUAGGUCAAAUAAAUACAUCAUCCAGAAUGCACUGGCUCACUGCUGCCUCGCAGGCCGAGUCAAUGAAGGACAGAAGAACAAGAUCCUGGAGGAAAUGGAGAAAACACAAGCCAACAACUUCCUGAUUCUGUUCCGGGACUCUGGCUGUCAGUUUCGCUCUCUGUACACAUAUUACCCAGAGGCGGAGGAGAUCAACAAGCUAGCUGGCAUCGGGCCCAAGACCAUCACACCUAAAAUGAUCGAGAAUCUUUAUAAAUAUAGCUCGGACAAGAAACAGUUUAGCAAAAUACCCGCCAAGACCAUGUCGGCUAGCGUGGAUGCCAUCACCAUCUACGACCACCUCUGGCAGAACAAGAAACAGAACACACCCAAGAAACUUUUUAAAUAAGGGACAGAUACCGGGAACUUUGAAUUGUUCCUGCCUAGUGGUGCAACCUGAAUGUAGAGAAAACACUUUUGCAAGCUUUUACUUCAUUUUUAUGUUAAACUUUUGUGGCCUUAUGCUUGUCUUGUCGCGUCUCUUUUGCUACAGUACGCUUACAGCACAGUUAUUGAGUUUAUGAGCAUUGCAUUGUAUGAAGAUACACGACCCGCCUCUAGGUGUAAGAGACCAUUAGGGACGUGUUACACUUGAAGACUAACUUCUCUGAAGGUCAUGCAGUUGUAUGGCAGUAUUUCAUGUACUGGAACCUCAGAAACUCACUGUGUUAUUUAAUGUCUGAGUUUGUUUAUAUUUGGGAUAAGAUUUGUAAUGCUUGUUGCACAUUUACUUCUAGUUCGGAGGAGCGUGUGUAUGUGUGUGUGUACAUGUAUCUAAACACAUUAGCUUUAGAAAUAUAAAAUACAUUCCUUGAUAAAUUGCUGUCACUUGUAGUAUCUCAGCCUAAAAUGUUUGAAACAUGCAUCUUAGAAUUACAGUCAAGUUUAUUUGGCUGUUUAAGUAAAGAGGAGACAUUAUGGAUUAUCAAAAAAUGAAGCUUUUGGUGCAUAUUACUGGUAAAUAAUGUCGUAACACAUUUUUAAUUAUAAAGUGCAUUUUAAUGAGCUGGGACAUUUUGACGGCUGUUGUCUGGUGAUGUUUUGUCUCCAGAUGCAAAAGAAUUGCAAGACAUUUGUUAUUUUUACUAAGUGAAGUAAAUCAUCGUUUGAAUUUAUUGAUGCUGUACAGAUAUAGUUUUUCAUACUAAGCCUAUUUUUUAAGCCAUUGAAUAUUAAUAUUUUUCAUAUGAACAGAUAAUGUUUAAUAGGUCCAAGUAUGGGUAAUUCGUAUCAGUGAGCGAUCGCUGAGUGAUGAAAGCAGAAGAAAAUGAGAGCUGUUUGUUUUUACAUGAUGUUUAAUCUUUUUGCAAGUCACGUCCGCUUUGUCCAUCAUACGCUUUUGUCUGUUUGUAUUUGAAUGUUAACCUCAACAUAAAUACAGAUUUACAUCUC